CAACGGCACUCGAACAGCUGUUUCGGUUUCACAACCUUUCUUCAGUCAAAUCGAAUCUUAAAACGUAAUCCAAAACCCCAAAUACCAAAUCUCGCAAAAUUGUCGGUUUCUGCUGUUUCCUCCCAAUUCUUGUUUCGAUUUCUGAUCAAAAGAGGGAAGUCAGGAACUAUCCUCGUGAUGGUGCAAGAAGAGCACGGAUCGGCGACUUCCACCGGCGGCGAUGCCGGAGAAGUUGUCAACGGCAAUAAAACCGAUCUCCUGUCGGAACAGAAGAGUCUCUACUCCGUACUCUGUCGUACGAUCGGUUCGAUUCUGUUCUCCGAUCCGAAAUCGCCGACCCCUCUGCUCCAACGCAUCAGGAACUCUCUCGCCGACAAUGGCGAGGACCUUCGAGAAGCUUCUAGAAAAACUGCGCAUGAAAUUCUUCUCUGGACUCGGAGAGGAAGCCCUCUCCGUGCUCUGCUUGUCGUCAGUAUUGGAACCAUCCUUCUUCUGACCGCAACGGGAUUGCUUGUAUUCAUGCUUUUCUUCCUGGCAGCGACAGCCAACGCGAUCAUAAUCUCGCUCCUUGUUUCUCUGGCCGCUGCUGGAGGGUUUUUGGCCAUUUUCUUUGUCUGCGUGACCGCUAUAUACAUCGGGGCCUUAUCCAUUGCUGCAUUUGUCAUCUCUGUCGCAACAAUAUCAGCCGUUGUAUCUGUUCUGAUAGCUUCAGGUUGGAUCGGGUUUUUCUGGGCGAUGUGGUUGACAGCGACAGGAGGCAUGCGGAUGGCGAAGCAAUCACUCUCAGUGAUGGGAUCUGCAAUUUCGGCAAACUCUCUCACUCGCCAUCGCCAUGAACGGGAAGUAAAGGUCGCAUUAAACUGAAAACAAAAAGGUUCCACAAUCUCCCUUGCACGUCGCCCCGCUUUGCUUUUCCAGUCACUUGUGUAAUGCGCAUGCCAUUUGAGAACGAACACUCAGGAAGCAUGAAGUUUUGGGUCUUAGAUCCCUCUUGAACUUUGUCUGCUGUAAUUCUGUCGUUUGGUUUGCCAUUCAUUGUAAGCUCUCUUUUUCCAUGACGUUAUAUAUAUACGUAUAUAUAUAUAUGUAUAUUUCCUUAUAUUGAUCAUCGCGCA